AUGAGGUCACUGAGCUCACCACCACAACAGAUGAGGUCACUGAGCUCACCACCACAACAUAUGAGAUCACUGAGCUCACCAACACAACAUAUGAGAUCACUGAGCUCACCAACACAACAUAUGAGAUCACUGAGCUCACCAUCACAACAUAUGAGAUCACUGAGCUCACCACCACAACAUAUGAGAUCAUUGAGCUCACCAACACAACAUAUGAGAUCACUGAGCUCACCAACACAACAUAUGAGAUCACUGAGCUCACCAUCACAACAGAUGAGGUCACUGAGCUCACCACCACAACAUAUGAGAUCACUGAUCUCACCAACACAACAUAUGAGAUCACUGAGCUCACCAACACAACAUAUGAGAUCACUGAGCUGACCACCACAACAGAUGAGGUCACUGAGCUCACCACCACAACAUAUGAGAUCACUGAGCUCACCAACACAACAGAUGAGGUGACUGAGCUCACCACUACAACAGAUGAGGUCACUGAGCUCACCAGCACAACAGGUGAGAACACUGAGCUCACCAGCACAACAUGUGAGAUCACUGAGCUCGCCACCUUAACAGAUGAGGUCACUGAGCUCACCAGCACAACAGAUGAGAUCACCGAGCUCACCAACACAACAGAUGAGGUCACUGAGCUCACCAACACAACAGAUGAGGUCACUGAGCUCACCACUACAACAGAUGAGGUCACUGAGCUCACCAGCACAACAGGUGAGAUCACUGAGCUCACCGCCACAACAUGUGAGAUCACUGAGCUCACCACCACAACAUAUGAGAUCACUGAGCUCACCACCACAACAUAUGAGAUCACUGAGCUCACCACCACAACAUAUGAGAUCACUGAGCUCACCAACACAACAUAUGAGAUCACUGAGCUCACCAUCACAACAGAUGAGGUCACUGAGCUCACCAUCACAACAUAUGAGAUCACUGAGCUCACCAUCACAACAUAUGAGAUCACUGAGCUCACCAACACAACAGAUGAGAUCACUGAGCUCACCAUCACAACAUAUGAGAUCACUGAGCUCACCAACACAACAGAUGAGAUCACUGAGCUCACCAUCACAACAUAUGAGAUCACUGAGCUCACCAACACAACAGAUGAGAUCACUGAGCUCACCAACACAACGGAUAUUGAUAAUCCUUAG